AUGGACAAUUUAUACGCAAAUUUAUUUUUAAUUAAUAAUAUUGAAGAUCAAGUAAACGCGAUACAACAUGUCAGGAUGAUAAAAGAAAAACCUAUGGAUCCAUUUAUGUUGUCAGACAGAUUAUUUGUUAAAAGUUUUAGAUUAUCAAAAUAUCUUGCAAAUCAGUUAAUAGAAAUGUUAAGACCACUAAUUGAAGACGCUAAUCGUUCAUCGGCAAUUGAUUUAAAAACAAAAGUACUCGUUGCAUUACACUUUUUUGGCACUGGUUCUUACCAAACACCAAUGGUUCGAAAAAAAUUUUAUACGAAAACAAGAUUUCCAGGAGUUAUUGGUUGCAUUGACUGCACUCAUGUUGCAUUAGUACCACCAUCUUCAAAUUUAAAUUUAAUAGAAAACCAACACCCUGAGUACAUUUAUGUAAAUCGUAAAUGCUACCAUUCUAUAAAUGUCCAACUAAUUUGUGAUUCAGAUUUGAAAAUACUAAAUGUUAAUGCAUUGUUUCCCGGAAGCACACAUGAUUCUCAUGUUUGGAAUAAUUCUAGUGUCUUACCAUUACUUCAAGAUCUAUAUACAAAUGGUCUUAAUAAUAUUUACUUGUUAGGGGAUUCAGGCUACCCAUUACGUCCAUGGAUGCUAACUCCCAUUGCAAAUCCAACUACUGAAGCCGAUGAAUAUUUUAAUAAACAACAAAUGUCCACUAGAAGUAUCAUUGAACGUUGCAAUGGAGUUCUAAAGGGACGUUUUAGAUGUCUUCUAAAAGAUCGAACUCUGCAUUACAAACCAGAGAAAGUAUCACAAAUAAUUAAUGCUUGUGUUGUUCUUCACAAUCUAUGUAUAACGUACAAUCUUCCUGAAUUUGUGGAUGGAGAAAAUAUAACUGAUUUUGGCAUAUACCAAGCUCCACUGGGUGUUGCAGAAAACAAUGAUUUAAAUUUAAGAAACAGAGAUUUAAUGAUGGGAAGGAGACAAAGACAAAAAAUUAUUCAACUUUUACAAAAUAGAAAUAAUAGGGAAGAAAUAUAA